AAUCUUAAUCUUUUUUUUCUUUGUAGGAAAUUUGAAAAUGGACAAAACUUGGAUGCGUUGUGAAGAUAGAUUGAGCGAUACUUAUGUAAACGGAGUUGACAGUUUUCUGGAAUUUGCUUUUAAGCACUCGGAACUAGAAGGUGCAAUUCCUUGUCCUUGUAAGAAAUGCAACAAUGUUUUCCACUGUCCUAGAGGUGAAGUCAGGGAUCAUUUAAUAAUUAAUGGGAUAGUCAAGGGAUACACGCGGUGGCUUUAUCAUGGAGAAUUUGCACCUAAAGAGAAAAACACUAACAGUGAAGUAAGACCAGAAAAAGUAAGAAAAGAGCGAGGUGAUGAUAUAUUUGAAAUGAUUUACGAUGUUGCUGGCCCUGAAAUCAUGGAUGAUUCCAGUGGGAAGUUUCAACAUGGUGAUGCUUCCGAGCCUACUUCAAAAUUUUUCAAAUUAUUGGAGGAUGCUGCACAACAACUUUAUCCUGGUUGUGAGACAUUCUCCAAGCUGUCACUGAUUGUGGAACUAUUCCAAAUCAAGUGUCUUUUUGGGAUAAGUGAUAAAGCAACUGAUAGCAUACUGAAGUUAAUUAAGCGAGCACUUCCUUCUGGUGAAACUUUACCAGAGACAUUCUAUGGAGCAAAGCAAUUGAUUAGAAAUUUAGGCCUUCGUUAUGAAAAAAUACAUGCUUGCGAGAAUGACUGCAUGUUAUUCUGGAAACAUAAUGCAAAAGCUGAAUCUUGCUCGGUUUGUGGUGAGUCUAGGUGGAAAUCAGUUGAAGGUCAAAAAACUAAUGGCGGUGCUCAAGGAAAGACCAAGAACAAAGUUCCUCAAAAUUUUUUACGUUACUUCCCCUUGAAACCAAGAUUGCAAAGGUUGUUUCUGUCAUCAGAAAUUGCUUCAGACAUGAGAUGGCAUCAUGAUCAGCGUUUGAAAGAUGGGGUUCUUAGACAUCCAGCAGACUCAGAGGCGUGGAAACAUUUCGAUUCAUCUAAUCCAGGCUUUGCUAGAGAUCCUCGUAAUGUUAGACUUGGAUUAGCAUCUGACGGGAUAAAUCCUUUUGGUAACUUAAGUGUUUCUCAUAGCACUUGGCCAGUGAUUAUUACUGUAUAUAACUUACCCCCUUGGAUGUGCAUGAAGCCACCAUAUUGCUUCUUGUCUUUGUUGAUACCUGGCCCUAAAGCUCCUGGAAAUGAUAUCGAUGUGUACUUAGAACCAUUGGUAGAAGAGUUGCGAGAGUUAUGGUAUUAUGGAGUCGAUACAUAUGAUGCUUCGAGAAGAGAGAAUUUUUGUAUGCGGGCAGCACUCUUAUGGACUAUAAAUGAUUUUCCAGCUUAUGCCUACUUGUCUGGAUGGAGUACGAAGGGAGCUUUGGCUUGUCCUUCAUGCAACAAAGAGACUCCUUCUACUCGAUUAAAGUAUGGUCGUAAGUUUUCUUACAUGGGUGCUCGUAGGUUUCUAUCAUCUAAUCAUAAAUGGCGGCGGAAUAAACGUGAUUUUAAUGGAGAAGUAGAAAAACGAUCUGCUCCUAAAGCUCUCUCUGGAGAUGAUGUUUUAAACCAGUUGUCCAGUUUGGAAGACGUGAAAUUUGGUAAGACCCAAAAAAAACAAAAAUACGAAAAAAGUAAAGGGAUUCAUAACUGGAGGAAGAAAAGCAUUUUUUUCAAACUUCCUUACUGGAAAAAUAAUUUAAUACGCCACAAUUUAGAUGUGAUGCAUAUUGAAAAAAAUGUUUGUGAUAAUAUCAUUGGGACAUUAUUAGAUAUAGAAGGAAAGGCAAAAGAUAAUUUGAAUGCUCGUCGUGAUUUGAAGGAAAUGGGUAUAAGGAAAGAUUUGCACGCAACUCAAAAGGAUGGAAAAUGGUAUUAUCCAGCGGCAUGCUAUUCUUUAUCACCAGAUAAGAAGUCUAAAGUAUGCAAGUUCUUGAAAAUGGUUAAGGUUCCAGAUGGUUAUUCUUCCAAUGUAUCACGGUGGGUGAAGUUAAAGGAUCGUAAAGUUUAUGGAAUGAAGAGUCACGAUUCUCAUAUUCUGUUGGAACAGUUGCUUCCUCUUGCAAUUCGCGGAGUCGUGCCAAACAAUGUCUAUGAUGCUAUCACCGAGUUAAGUAUUUUCUUCAGAGAGUUGUGUUCAAAAACAUUAAGGGUUGAUGUUUUGGAUCAACUUGCAGCUCAAAUUCCAAUAACAUUAUCCAAAUUAGAAAAAAUAUUUCUACCAACAUUUUUUGACGUGAUGGUGCACUUGGUCAUUCAUCUCCCAACAGAAGCUAAGGUUGCUGGACCUGUACAAAACAGGUGGAUGUACCCAAUGGAGCGAUUAAUGGGCAAAUGGAAAUGUUACGUUCGUAAUAGAAAUCAGCCUGAAGGAUCUAUUGCAGAGGGGUAUAUUGUUGAAGAAAGUCUAAUAUUUUGUUCAAGAUAUUUACAUUGUGGCGCGAAUGGAUAUAAUCGAAUGGACAAAAAUUACGAAGGAUCAUGUUGAGUCAUACAGUGGAUUAUCAAUAUUUGAACAAAAGGGUUGUCCGUUAUUAAGAGAUACAUCCAAAAAUCUUGAAGAGUUUGAGCAAAAACAAGCUCAUCUUUAUGUCUUGAGAAAUUGUGAAGAAGUUCAACCAUUUCUACGAGAGUAUGAGCAGAACAAUCGGGACAUGAACUUCGAUGAUUGGCUUUCCAAUCGAAUUGUACAAAUGCGCAGAGAAGGGAAUUCACUUGCAAGUUGUGAAUUGUAUUCUUUGGCUAGAGGCCCUUUUAAUGGAGUUCAAAGAUUCAAGGGUUAUGAAAUAAAUGGUUUCAGGUUUCACACUAAACUACUUGAGG